AACGCUAAUUAAAACACCGAAAAUGCAUUAACGGUGCUUAAUGGUAAUUUUCUUACUUAAGUUGAAUUAAUUCAACUUAACAAGGAUUUUCUCUAUCAAUUGUACUAUUUUCAAUUAAGUUGCGUUAAAAUAGGUUUUUCUACUUAAAAUAUGUUUUUAGUUACACGAAUUCAACUUUAGUAAGGAAUUUUACUUAAGUUGUAAAGUCGAAUUGUUUUGAUUGGUCAGUUAAUGAUCCGGAAGACCUAAGCCAAUCAGAAACGUCGUAACAAACGUAAACAGGAAAGGAUUUUCUUCUACCGCCAUUUACAAUUUUGCAAUGGAUCGGUUACAACGCACGCAUUUACCUACAGCUGACAGUGUUCUUGAAAGAGUUUCAAUAACACUCAGAGAUGUACAGAGAGGCAAACAGAACGGCAACCUUGACGUUUCUGCAGCUCGCACCCAGAUCGCCAGUCUUCUUACAAACUUGCAGAGACUUGAGAAUGACCACACCGUCCCAGAUGAUUUACUGAAGAGCACCAUCCAGUCAGUAGUGUUAGUCAGAGAUAGUCUCCCUGAUUUGACUCAACAUGCUCAACACAGCAGUCAUUCAGUUGAUCGUUAUGAGGACACAGUACCAAACCCUCACGGACGUGGCAGAGAUCUAUGUGACAUUGACAUCAGCAAACUACAACAGCUAAUUGAUAUGGGAUAUACAGUGAAAGAGAUAGCAGAGAAAGGUUUACUAGGUGGUGUCCUUCAUCCCAACACACUAUAUAGCAGAUUAAGAUCCAACAACAUGCAGAUCAGAUCAUCAUACACAGAUAUUAGUGACGACGACUUGCAUUCUAUUGUUGCAGAAUACAACAGAGACCACCCUAAUUCAGGUAAAUUCAAACACAGAUUUAAGGUUUAAUUCAUAUCUCCAUUGCAAAAUAUCUGUAUUUCUGAUAAAUUGAAAAUUCUCUUUGUUAUCUCCAGAGCUUAAAAUGUUAUUGCAUACUCUGUAUACAAUGCAAUGAUAACUUGUGAAGUAAAGGGGUCAUUUGG